GCAAUACUAAAACUUACAAGCUCUAUUUAAAAUUUAUCCAUUUUUGAUCUCAAACAACAUAAAUAUGUGAAUACAGAAAUUCAUAACAGAAUACCAAACAACAUUUAGUAAAAAGAAUCGAAUUAUUCUUAGAAUUCCGAAGUUAAAAAUUCGAAAGUAAAUUAAUCCAAUUUCUUAUAUUUACUAGCAUUUAUCAGUCUUUUAGAUAUUUCAAGAUUCUUUAGGUGCUUCUGAACAUCAAUAAAAAUAAUGCUCACAUGAUCUAAACACUAUAGUUGUAGUGAGAUAGUCAAAUGUUAGUAUUUAAUAUGAUUAAAAGAAUAUUAAUAGAUGCUCUUUUGAAGUUAUUGCGAUUUAAAGAUUCACUCAUCACUUUUACAAAAGGUCAAUUUUAAUUAUAGAAUUAAUGUUUUAAAAAUCUGAUAAUUUAUCGUCGAAUGUCCAAAUCAAAUUACUCUUUGUCAUAAUAAUGGAAUAUUAUUGUUAGUUAAGGUCGUUAAUGAGAA